AUGGCGGACAGUAGCGAUAUCUUGCAGUUUGGGCGCGAUUGGUGCAAGAAAGACGAUGUUCGACCGGCUUGCGCUCUUCUUCUUUGCAGUGAGAAACCGUUGUCUUUUUCGACAGAGUCAAUUACCAAAGGCCUGGCUAAGAAGGUUAACCGCCUAGUGGGUGUGUCCCGUCAGGAGUGGCGAGGAAAGACCAAUCUUCUGUGUGAGUUUGAAUGUGAGGUUGGUGAAGUGACCCUCCCUCUUUCAGGCACUUUUAAUGUCUCUGUUGACGGCGGGGAAGUGUUUCUGCGAAUAUACCGUUUGAACACCACUACAAACUUCAAGAGUCGAGUCUUGGUUAAGGAUAUUAUGGAGAAUCAGGGUACAUCCGAACCCCUGACAAGAGAGACGUCCAGGAGUUCAUUGAGCCACGCCAUGUCUUUGUGCACUGUUGGCGGACGGAAACUGCGUCCUUUCUCUGGUCUUAAGACUCCAGCCAAGGACGAGGACAGUUUCGAUACCUGGAUUGAACUUGUGCAGGGGCAACUUGAGGAGGAACCCGAAGAUUGUGAGAAGAGGCGACGCUUGAGGGAGGCUCUCCGUCCCCCUGCUGCCAGUAUCAUCACCGACCUCCGCCGAGAGUGCCCUCAGGCGACAGCUGAUGAAUACCUUGCUGCUUUGGAGCUAGCAUUCGGAAGUACAGAGUCACCGGAGGAGCUGAGCGUUCUCUUUCACUCUACACACCAACAUCGUGGUGAAUCGCCUUCAGAGUUUCUCACGCGACUACAGGGUAUACUGAGGAAAUUGGUUCGAAAAGGUGCAGCCCAAAGGGAGAAGUCAAGCUCACUUCUCAUUGAGCAGUUUGCAAAGGGGGUGCUCUUCGACGAAAUUCUUCUGGUGAAUUUGAGGUUGAAGGAUCUCAAGAAAAAUCCUCCCUCUUACCUGACGUUGCUGCAGAUGGUAAGGAGAGAGGAAGCAGAACAACAGGCUAAGAUGAGCCGAAGAGGAGAAGGAGAUGUGGGUGUGUUCCCGGCAGACCCUAAACAGGCCAAGAGUCGGACGCAAGCUGCUGAGAGACCAAUCAAGCGUAAGCAAAAUGAAGCACGCCCAAGAUUCUGCUACCGGUGUGGUGAAGAGGGCCACUACAAGACAAAAUGCGAGAAACCUGAGAACUUGCAGAAGGUAAAUGGCCAACUUAUUGCUUUCCUGCAGGGAAACGCCAAGGGGCGACUGGAGGGGGCCAGCCAGAAGCCCAAGCCCGUGAAUUAA